AUGGCUCUAGGUGGUGAAGUGAAUGAUGAUAAUGCUUCCAGACAAACAUCUCAUAAAGUGAAAAAAUGCCCAGUUAAUAACAAUGUGAAUAUUAAAAGUGGUGGCGAGAAUGUUGAUAAAGAAAAAUCUGAAAAGCAAUCGGCUAAGAUGAAUAAGGAUAGCGCUGUGAAGGCAGUUAUAUGCAGCAAUGGCCACGCUAAUACACCAAAUGGACGUGCUGAUGAUGAGGGUGGCGGUGGAGUAGCGACACCGAGGGUUUCCUAUGCUGCCGCCGCAAAGAAAGCUUUGUCGCCCACUAUCAACAAUGUGCCUUCGCAAUCCGAAUUCCCGACCUGUGAAGAAAGUCAAAAGCCGAAAAGCAAAAAUGAAAAACCUUCACAAGAAAAUACGACAGCAGAUACGGCGACAAAAUUGAAUGGAGAGAAACCAAUAUCAAAUGAUAAGAAUAUUUGUAAAAAGGAUAAAUUAGGUACCAAAGAACCAAUUACAAACGGCACUGAAACAAAGAGCACCCACGUUGUUAACGGUGGUCCACAAAAAAAUCCACAAUGUGAUAUUAGUAGUAGUAAUAACACUAAACUAGUUUCUAACGGUAUUAACAGCGACUUAGAUGAUACAAAACCUAAUAAUGCAGAGGAAAUUAAAGUCUCAACAGCUGAUGUAGCAGUAAAAAAUGCAGAAAUAAGUAUAAACAACAAAGUUCAAACGAAGAAGACCGCCUCAAUUGAGAAACCUAAUAAAUCCGAGAAGAAUAAGCCCACGGAAAAGAGAGAAAAUCUUGAUAAGAAGGAAGACUGUAAAGAUGAAAAAACUGAUAGUAAAACGGAUAAAAGUAACGAUGAUACCAAUAAAAUAGUAAACGGUGAUAAGGAUAGAGAAUCUUCACCAAGCGAAGACGGUGAUGAUAAGAAAAGGGAUGCCGAAGUUGUAUUCAUUCAAGACUUGGGAUUCACUGUCAAAAUUAUGAGUCCUGGUGCUGAGCCACUUGACAUUCAGGUAUCUAGUAUGGAACUAGUACAGGAAAUUCAUCAAGUCUUAAUGGACCGGGAGGACACAUGUCAUCGAACAUGUUUUUCGCUUCAAUUGGAUGGUGUCACGUUAGACAAUUUCGCUGAACUGAAAAACAUUGAAGGCCUGAAGGAUGGUUCUGUUAUUAAGGUCGUCGAAGAACCGUAUACAAUGCGCGAGGCUCGAAUUCAUGUUCGUCACGUACGGGAUCUUCUCAAAUCGAUUGAUUACGUGGACGCGUAUGCCGGUCAAGAGUGUAGCUCGUUGGCAUUCCUCAAUGUUGUUACGCAGGGUGAUAUUUUGGAGAAGAAAAAAUCUCGCCCCGAGAGUGUGGAUUGUACACCCCCAGAUUAUAUAAUGCCUGGCAGCACAGAGAGACCACUGCUUCCGCUGCAUCCAGGUUUGAAUAAGGAAAAUAAAGCUCCACAGUGUCUUAAGGUGCUAACCACAUCAGGCUGGAACCCACCGCCGGGACCUCGCAAGAUGUGCGGUGACCUCCUCUACCUCCACGUUAUAACUCUAGAAGAACGCCAGUUCCACAUAACGGCCUGCCCUCGCGGAUUCUACCUCAAUCAGUCCACCGAAGAAGUGUUCAACCCCCGUCCAUCGACACCGUCGCUGUUAUGCCACUCGCUCAUCGAGCUCCUAAGUAUCGUGUCUCCAGCUUUCAAGCGCAAUUUCGCGCUAGUGCAAAAGAAACGUAUGCAGAAGCACCCAUUCGAGAGGGUGGCUACGCCCUACCAAGUCUACCAGUGGGCUUCGCCUAUGCUGGAACACACUGUUGACGCUAUCAGAGCUGAAGAUACGUUCUCUUCUAAACUGGGCUACGAAGAACACAUCCCAGGUCAGACUCGCGACUGGAAUGAAGAGUUGCAAACGACACGAGAGCUGCCGCGAGCGACUUUGCCCGAGAGACUUCUGCGUGAGAGAGCCAUUUUUAAGGUGCACAGUGAUUUCGUGGCUGCAGCAACUCGUGGUGCGAUGGCUGUCGUAGACGGUAAUGUUAUGGCCAUUAACCCAGGGGAAGAACCUAAAAUGCAGAUGUUCAUCUGGAACAACAUAUUCUUCUCCUUGGGUUUCGAUGUCAGAGACCACUACAAGGACUUGGGUGGUGAUGCUGCGGCAUUUGUUGCACCGCGUAACGAUCUACAAGGAGUGCGAGUGUAUAGCGCGGUGGAUACACCGGGCCUUCACACCUUGGGAACGGUGGUGGUGGACUAUCGCGGCUACCGUGUGACAGCACAGUCCAUCAUCCCCGGUAUCCUGGAGAAAGAGCAAGAACAGAGCGUUGUCUAUGGCAGCAUUGAUUUUGGCACAACGGUCCUCUCGCAUCCUAAGUAUAUGGAGCUGCUAAGUAAGGCUGGCCAACAGCUGAAGAUAAUGCCGCACUCUGUAAUAAGCGCGAACGGGGAGACCGUCGAAUUAUGCUCAAGCGUAGAAUGUAAGGGAAUCAUCGGGAACGACGGCCGACACUACAUUCUCGACUUGUUGAGAACCUUCCCGCCAGAUGUCAACUUCUUGCAGUUGGAAGGCGACGAGUUACGAGAGGAUAUAAAAAGUAUGGGCUUCCCAUUAAUACACAAGCACAAAUUGUGUUGCCUUAGACAGGAAUUAGUUGAUAGUUUUGUUGAGAAUCGUUACUUUAUAUUCAUUCGUUACGCGGCCUUCCACUUACAGCAGUUAAGUGCGAAGCGCAAAGCCACUGAACAAAAAGCAAUCGAAGCAAAUAAGGAAACUGAAAAGAAUGAGGCUGCCAAUGAGACUGAACAAAAAAGAGAAAAGAGUCAAGAGAAAGAGGUAAAAGAUAAAAAGCAAAAGGAAGACAAGAAGGAGGAAACAGUUGAGAAGAGUGAAGAGACAAAGAAACAGACGGACAAUGAAGGGAUACUGCUCAAUGAGAAUUUGUCGGAGAUAGACACGGAUGUUGCGAAGAAGAUAGUCGAGAGUAUCACGGAUUCGUUUUGCAGUGGAGAGAAACAGGAGAACGAUUCUGGUGAGAGAUCACGCGAAGUGGUUGCAGCUGCUGCUCGGGCCGUUGCCUCUCUCAAGGAAUCGGAGUUUGACGUGCGUUUUAACCCGGACGUUUAUUCGGCGGGAAUCAAACACGCCGCUACACCGGAACAACUCGCCAAGCAGCGCCAUCUUGUCAAAGAAGCCGCUGCGUUCUUGCUCACCUCACAAAUUCCUGCAUUUGCCCGUGAAUGCUUGGAACACACAUCAGCACCAAUGGACGGUGCGGCUUUGACGGAGGCGUUACACGCGCGAGGUAUCAACAUCCGAUACUUGGGUUGUGUGAUAGUCGCUUUGCGUCAACACCCCUCCCUCGCAUACCUCCACGCGAUUGCCCUCGGCGAGAUCAUCCUCCGGGCAGCCAAACAUCUUUACACUACCCAUCUGCAGAGUUGUGAAGCGAUGUACACCGGUGCAGCUGCGGCGCACUUUUUGAACUGUUUGCUUGGCGCGUGUGACAACCCCACCCCCUCCCCACCGGAGAACCCCGUGCCCGCGCCCGCGAGUGCCCGCUCGACGCGAACACGGCGCCGCGCGCGCAACCGCCACCGAGCCAAUACGUCUCCGUCUCCAUCAUCACCAGCACAGCACUGGCAGACCCUUACUCCUAGGCAACUCUUCACUCAAAUACAGCAAGAGUUAGAGGCGUAUUGGGGAUUCGGACUAGACGCAGAGAGUAUGGACUCAGUUAUACAAAAACAUGGACUACAAAAGAUAUCACUCCUCAGGUCGUUCGCGUUGAAAGUUGGUUUACAGAUUAUGCUUAGAGAAUAUGACUUUGACAAUAAGAAUAAGACAACGUUCUCCUCUUCAGAUAUCAUGAACAUAUUCCCCGUUGUUAAACAUAUCAAUCCGAGGGCGUCGGAUGCAUACAAUUUCUACACGACGGGUCAGAACAAGAUCCAGGCCGGUGCCGUAUCGGAAGGCCACGAAUUAAUCGCUGAGGCUCUCAACCUGCUGAACAACGUGUACGGAGCGAUGCACGGAGAAAUUGCGCAGUGCCUCCGCAUGGUGGCGCGACUGUGUUACGUCACGGGAGAACAUAGAGACGCCAUGGCCUAUCAGCAGAAGGCCGUGCUCAUGUCUGAAAGGGUGAACGGCAUAGAUCACCCAUACACCAUCACUGAAUAUUCUCAUUUGGCGUUGUAUUGUUUCGUGAACGGCCAAGUCAGUACCGCACUGAAGCUUUUGUAUCGGGCGCGUUACCUCGCCCUUCUUAUUUGCGGCGAGAAUCACCCGGAGAUGGCAUUACUGGAUAGCAAUAUAGCGUUGAUUCUUCACGCGGUUGGCGAAUAUGAAUUAUCUCUACGAUUUGCUGAGCGUGCGCUGACUGUUACGAACGCGACGCACGGCGCUCGUUCCCUGAAGGCGGCGGUUGCGAGACACCUGCUCGCGCGCACGCUGUCAUGCUUGGCUGACUUCCGAGCUGCGCUUGUACAUGAGAAAGAGACGUACACCAUAUACAAGACUCUUCUUGGAGAGAAACACGAGAAAACCCGCGAGUCUUCAGAAUGCCUCCGACAUCUGACGCAGCAGGCCGUGGUGGUGCAGAAGCGCCUCGCUGAAGCGUAUGGAAAAUCGGCAGCUCUACACCCCCACCCGCCCAUCCACAUUCAACCACCGGCCAUACCCUCGGUCAUUGAUAUGCUCAACCUCAUCAAUGGCAUUCUCUUUGUACAGAUCAGCCCUCAGGACAUCGAACACUUCAAAGCGGAAAUAGAGAAAAGACACUUGAAAGAUAAACCCAUUGCGGGCAUUCUGGGCGAGCACGUGGAGAAGAGCGAGACAGCCGCAGACACGAAGACUGCGGACAGUUGA